CUUUGGGCCACCCUGUAUAAAAUUUUGGGGACAAAUUAUCAUAUAUUUAAUGGAAAAUUACAGGAGCAAGUGUUAUUACUUCUGAAAGAUGCUAUUGUGAAACGUUUAAAUACAUCAAAGGGUUUCUUAAUAGACGGUUAUCCAAGAGAAGUGGACCAAGCUAUACAAUUUGAAAAAGAAGUAUGCAAAUGCGCUUAUUUGUUAUUUUUUGAUGUUUCUGACGAUACGAUGACACAAAGAUUAUUAAAAAGAGGUGAAACUAGUGGCAGAGUGGAUGAUAAUGAAGAAACCAUUAGAAGUCGGCUGAAAACAUUUCACUCACAUACUCAACCGAUUUUAGAUUAUUUUGGCGAAAAAGUUAAAAAGAUCAAAGCGGAAGGAUCUCCCGAUGACAUUUUUAAAGAAGUAUGUGCUUGCGUGGAGUCGUAUAAAUGUUGAUGCAUAUCAAAAAUGUACAUAGUUUUUAAACCAAAAAAUUAUCGUUAAAUUAAAAAAUGAAGGGUUGUUGUUUUAAAAAUGAUAAUCUUUUUUUCUCUGUUGAUGUUUUGAAAAAUUUGUUGCAUUAUUCCACAUUGUUAAAUUGAUUUAACCAAUAAAGUGUCUGUUAGAUUUAAGCUUUUUAUUGUUAAUAAAUCAAAGAUCAUGUUGAAAAUUAAACUAAAUAGUUUCAAUUUAUUCCUAGAUUUAGAUGUUAUUCUUUAUAGGCGUGUAUUCUAAAAAUCUACACAAAUUUCAAGAGAGUUUUCAAAAACGUUCCAUAGCUCAAUAAGCGAAAGUCUGAAUAAUUACUUAUGCGCACUAACCCUCGACAAUCUUUCUAGAAUAUCCUUGAGUCCAUUUAUCAAAGUUUACGUAAAUAACGUUCCGUUUUAAAAAUAG